AUGCAAUACCUCUCUUGUGAAAUUUCUUACAAAGGGUACUGGGGUAUCCCGACGUCUCGGCCAGAGGAAAGGCUGGCCUGGUCAGGCUCCAACCGCGCGACCCCCGAGCCCAUUAGUCGGAUAUUUUAUGACCACGAUAGAUCCCAAUUGUACUACUUUCACUUAUCGUCUCUUAUACACAACAAGUCUCAAGUCAUUACGUUCCACCACUGGGACGAAUUCAAAGUGAGCCGUAUCUCACCCAACAUAUUCGCCGUUAGAAUUCCUAACUGCCGAAGAACGCUGCAGCUUGAAGUCGGUGACCCUUUCUACCGGGCUCAUCUACGAAUAGGGCCACGAAUAGGGGCGCAAUGUGGGUGGUGUUGUCUUGCCUUUGGCGUUACGGCGUACAAACCGAAUGAUACCAUGUUGACCACAGCGUAUCUACUUCGAUCUGACGGUCAAUGCAGACAAGAUAACUUCGGGUACUACAGCCAUUCUGACGAUGGAGAGGUUUAUCCUUGCUGGACUGUCGUUGCGAAGCUACUAGAUUUUGAUCAAGUUGGCUCGCGUUCGGGUGGAUUGAUCUGUUAUUCGAGACUUGGGACUCGAAUUGCCGUCGCAAGUGGGAAGGGAGUGCAUAUCUGGCCCCUUGAACCGAAUGAGGUCCUCAAGAGGAAUGUUGAUGGAUACUAUCCGCCUACUAUGCAGUGCCGCCUGGCCGAUCGGGAUGAAAGUGACGUUAUCGAUAAUAGUGGCAACGGCAAUGCCAGUGAAGUGAAGCGUGAUGCUAAUGCACAUCAAGGUUUGGUUGUAGCAUUAAAGCCGAUGAGCCUUGAGCUGGACGGAGAUUGCCUCGCAAUGAGGUUUCUCGAUGGCGAGGAUGAUCUCAGUAUCCUGACGGGUGCGGGACUUAUGACUUGGAAACUUGAUGCGUGGGGGACUGGAUAUAGAUUGAGAGAUUGGAUUUAG